AUGGACCCUCGCCUCUCUCACCGCGCAAACAAAGGCUCGUACAGCUUUCCGCGCCUCAUUGACAACCUUUGGUCUACAGUGCAGGCGACCGAAGUCCGCAGAGUAUGGCAUGAGGUCGGUACUUCGAUGGUUUGGAGCACGAAACCAGUUUGUCGCCGCGCCAAGCGUGCAAGCCAAACGAAUAGAGCUGACUGUCAUGAACACAGCGGCCAUUCGCUCACUCCCACCCGUCCUACGAUCGGAAUGUGGAGUUUCGAAGACAGCUGGAGACACCAUGGAGAACCGACUACUGUCCUCGCAAGAAAGCUCUCUGAGGUCAAAGACAGAGCAAAGCUCUGGUCUGCUGGAUGUCACCUCUAUCCUGUCAUUUGUUUCUGUAUAUACCGCUGGAGCUGUAUUCUUUCCAAUGUUUUUCCGGCAUAUGCUACUUCGGUACGAUGCUCUAUACUACUGUUCGCUGUGUGGAAACUAGAGCUGACUAUCGUGCUGGCAGGGCUCGCGGGAUCUAGCGCAGACUAUCUCAGCAUAGAAGCUGCCAACUGA